AUGCAAAUGCGCGACCAUGCCCCUCUACAGCUGUCCUCUGAUGUCUGGGCGAUUAUCCUGAACAUCGAAUUCCGUGCUGUACUCUAUCCGACCAAGUAUCGGACUCGUGCGUGCAGCAACGAAGGAACACCGAGAGCGGAGUGCAGGAUGACAGAUGCGACGUGUUGUGAGAGCAUCGCAACGGCCCUCUGGCAUCACAUGUCCAAUGCUAUGUCGCGCUGCACCCCUGUACCGCGAUCUGGAUGUCCAACAUGCCGCUGGUCGGUGACCUCUCUUCCUGCAAUGGGCUCAUCGUGUCGCUCCGAGCUGCUUCCGCUAUUCCAUAUCCAUCUCUACUCCAUACGGCUGAUAUUAUCUGAAUGCGAUCCUUGCAUCGAGGUCGUCAUCUCGCUGUGUAUCAAGAGUAGACCGGCCAAAUCCAGGCAACGACAACUGACGAGACGACGAUAA